GCUUUAUCCGAGGCGCAUUGAAAGCAUCGCGAGAUGCUGCGAGCGGCUCAUCAGGUGUGGUCGACCCACAACAAUCCACAUUGAAGCACUCAGCGUUCUUCUCCACGUUCGGGGGCAGCCGCUACCGAACCCAACAAGUCGACACGAGCAGGUGACGCUCAUCCAAAUCUUUUCGGAAGGGGCAAUCUUGUGGAAGUGAAAAAGAACACAGAACUACAGUGCAACUUGACCUUCCCGAUGCUCCUGAACGCCUCAAUAAUGGAACUUGUCAGGAACAGGAACAUCUUGUAGUUGCCUGUCACUCCGCCGUUGAAACGGAAAACCAGCAUGAUGCCGGACACAGUAAGUAAGUAAAGACUACCCCAAAGACAAGUGCUGAUCUCUGCGUGAGUGGCGGCGACAGCCCAAUUCCGAAAUUUGACUCGGAGCAUUCCGUCAGUAAUGGCGGGAAAGGACUACAAUCAUCUCUUCAAGCUGCUCAUCAUCGGCGACUCCAAUGUCGGAAAAAGCAGCCUGCUGCUCCGCUUUGCUGACAAUUCCUUCUCCGGAAGUUAUAUCACCACCAUCGGCGUGGACUUCAAGAUCAGGACGGUGGAUGUGGAUGGCGAGCGCGUCAAAUUACAAAUCUGGGACACGGCCGGACAGGAGAGGUUCAGGACAAUCACGUCCACGUAUUACCGAAACACUCAUGGCGUCAUCAUCGUUUACGACGUGACCAAUCCCGAAUCAUUUGUCAACGUCAAGCGCUGGCUCAACGAAAUCUCUCAGAACUGCGACAGCGUCUGCAAAAUUCUCGUGGGCAACAAAAAUGACGAUCCGGCCAGGAAGCAGGUGGACACCCAGGACGCCGUGCGUUUCGGCGAGUCUGUUGGAGUGCGCGUGUUCGAGACUAGCGCCAAGGAGAACAUCAAUGUGGAAGAGAUGUUCAUGGCCUUCACCCACGCCGUCCUUCGGGCCAAGAAGCAGAGCCAGAGCCGGGCCGAGCGGGAACGCGAGCGCGAAAAGGACACCGUCAACAUCAAUGCACAACGGGAGCGAGACCGCCGGAAGAGAGCUAAGAAAUGUUGUUAAGGGCAGCUUUUUUUUUUUUUUUAAAAUCCUCCUUCCGUCCGCCUGAGGCCACACACCAAAAAUGUGAUUAUUUUUUCCAAGAAAAAAUGUGGACAUCGAAAGUCAAAAUACUAAAAGAACACAUGACCCGAUAUGCUAAUUUAGUAUGGAAAAUGUACUCUAUUCAUCUAAAAUACUAAAAAAAAUAUUCCUGUUAGUAUGCUUCAAUAGCAUUGACGUAGAUAUACGUCCGAUCCAUUUGAACGAUCGCUGUCAGCCCUCCAGUUCAAAUGGAUUGGACGUCUGUUGCCGUCAGUGGAAAACUUUAACCGCUUUUUAAUAGCGUGUCCGUUUUUUUUUUUCCCAUGAACUAAAAGUGUGUGUGUGUGUGUGUGUCACAUUGCCAACUAAAAGCCUCACUGGUGCCAAAGAGGAUAAAAUGGACCUGAAGGUGGCGCCAGCUCUGUUCUUCAUGGACUCGUGAACAAAGAAAGAUGAACAAGUUUUUUUAUUUGCACUUACUGUGCCACAAACUUGUGACCCUGUGGCUUAUUAUUUUUUUCAAACUAACUGUUGCCUAGCAACCACAUGAAUAAAGUCUUAAAUCCAAGAUGGUUCCAGCUAGCUAAUUGCUCACAUUAGCUUUAUACUAACUGCCCAGAAUACCCUCAGAUUGACACACAAAGACUUAAAUGCAGAAUGGUUUCAACUAGCUAACCGCUAGGAAUACAGUCAACAUUGACGUUCAAAAGAGUUCAAUCUGAACUGGUUUCAGAAAUUUCCCGCUUUCUGGAUUAGCUCCCGUACCUGGAAAUGUUGUAGGAGUUGAUCUUUGAGCACUUUUGGAAAGCGUGACAGCGCACUGUCGCCGGCGUCUCCUUUCUAGGCAGCGGCGGCUCAGGCAUUCUUGGGCAGCCGGUAGACUCCAGAGGACAUGAGAAGCUGGUGCUCGGCCACCUUCCGCUGGAGGAAGGCCUCCAGCUCGCUCACGUCCAUCUCUGUGACGACGGGCCCCGUGGCCACAAACAACCGCAGCAAAGAGUGGAUGCGCUCCAACGUCAUGCAUUCCAAGUUGGUCAGCAUGGCCUGCACGUACGCCCAGAACAGCUGCCGACACACAAACAAAAUGGCCAUUCAGGUUACCUUGAGGUUUCUCCAUCUGCCUUCCUUUAAUGGAGAGUAUGUGUUGUGGUAGUUCGUAAAAGAUUUUCCUAUUUCAAUUCAUUCAUUUAUUCAGGCAUGAAAAUGGGUCAGGGGUUAAAAACGUGAGAAGGGUGUGGAGGAAAUAUGUUCCGGUACUCUAUACAAGUAGAGCUGUCCCAAACGACUAAUUUUCUCCUGAUUAGUCAAAUGAUCUAAUAAUUCCCCCACACCCCCUUUUCUUUCUUUACUAAUUUAGGAAUGAAAUUUUUGACGCUUAUUAAGUCACAAAAACCUUUUGGAACACUUAAAUUCUUUAUUAAAGUACAAAUAAACACGUAUAUAACAAUAAAUCACAAAUAAACAAUGAGGUCAAAAGCCGAUAGCAAUAACUAGUGCAAAAGAAUAGAACGUAAACAGAUUCAGAACACUGACUUCGCCUUUCCAAUAUAAUUCAAAACCUUAAAAAUAUGUAGCAUUAAUAUUGUAGUACCGUAUAUUCUGAAAUGUUUACUGGAAGUACGUUUGAUAAACCUCUAACUCGGGUUGUUCUGAUCAUGUUUUUUUGCUCCUGAUCCGAUCGUUUUAGUUUGAGUAUCUGCCGAUCCCGAUCCGAUUGCUUUUUUUUGCUCCCGAUUCAAUUCCAAUCAUUCCCGAUAAUUUUUCCCGAUCAUAUACAUUUUGGCAAUGCAUUAAGAAAAAAAUGAAUAAAACUCGGACGAAUAUAUACAUUCAACAUACAGUACAUAAGUACUGUAUUUGUUUAUUAUGACAAUAAAUCCUCAAGAUGGCAUUUACAUAAUUAACAUUCUUUCUGUGAGAGGGAUCCACGGAUAGAAAGACUUUGUAUAUUGUGACUAAAUAUUGCCAUCUAGUGUAUUUGUUGAGCUUUCAGUAAAUGAUACUGUAGCCUUGCCCAAAUGCAUGAUGGGAAGUGGAACCAUGACUGUGCGUAGUGCUACCAAUUGAUAUGCAGUGGGGAGAACAAGUAUUUAAUACACUGCCAAUGGGAACCCCCACUGUAUCUUCUCUGCGUUGGGGAAUAACAUAUAAGGUGUUAAGAAAAAGAUCAAUUGCUACCUUGCUUCCCAUGAUCUUUCUAAUCAUAGGGAGAGGGAUUGUAAGGCUUUGGCUAAUUAAAAAUAGGCUUUAAAGGCUGUCAAACUUCACUCUACUCAAUUUACGCUGCCUUUUAUCUCUAUAUAGGUAAAACGGCGCCAUUACCGAUUGAGCGCGACAAUGCGUGAGUGGGUCAUGCAGCGCAUGCAGUAAUUACGUUAAAUAUUUUAACGUGAUACAUUUUUUAAAAAAUUAAUUAUCGCCAUUAUCGGGAUAAAUUUGAUAACCCUACCUUAAGCUAAAGACUACCUAAAGACUCUGGAUGAGUGUAACAUAUUAUGUCUGUAACGUUAAAUACAAUUAGAAAACGAUUUAAUCAAAAAAAUAUAUAUAUAUAUAUGUAUAUAUAUAUAUAUUAAAAAAAGGCAUGGCCGAUAUUUUUUUGCCGAUUCCAAUAUUUCGAAAAUAAUGUGAUCGGACCCGAUCGAUCGGCAUCUCUACCUCUAACCGUAAGCUUUACACUCCGCAAAAAAAGCUCUUUUUGUCAUUGCAUGUGGUGUCAGUAAUCAAAAAUUUUUUUCAUUUACAAAUGCUGUUAACCAGCGAUUUUUCAUUUUUGAAGUGUCACCUUUUAACCGCAAGUUUGGGUUUUUUGAGAAGACUGCAAAUGUUUUAUGGCAGGCUAAAGUAGGUUGUCUUUUUUCCCCCAUUAGCCUCAAUGUAGAUGUGUUUCCUUGUUUUGUAUGUCUGAACUUUAAUUCUACGGCGUGCUGAUGACCAAUAAACAUCUGUGAAAGGAACUGUUGUCUCAUAUGCCGCACACGUGGUGAUAAAACGCAGCCGUGAAAAUUACCGCCAUAAUUUUAAUUUACCGUGCAAUAAAUGGACUCAUUGCAUAUCGCGACAGGCUUAGCAACUUCAAUAAAACAUGCCUUUAGUUAGAUGGACUUACGAUCUGCCAGC